AUGUCGGUCGAGCUCGAUCCCGUAGAGCUUGGGUUCAAGCGACCCUUUCAGCACGAGGUGUCGCAGACCCUCCGCCUGAAGAACCCGCACUCGGACCCCGUUGCCUUCAAGGUCAAGACCACGGCUCCCAAGCAAUAUUGCGUCAGGCCAAACAGCGGGCGUAUUGAGCCCGGAAAGGAGGUCGAAGUGCAAAUUCUCCUCCAGGCCAUGAAAGAGGACCCGCCGCCAGACGCAAAGUGCCGCGACAAGUUCCUCGUCCAGUCGGUGCUGGUCACUGCCGACAAGGAAUUUGCCAAUGUUGGGUCUUUGUGGUCGCACAUUGAACAAACGUCCAAGUCCUCGAUUCAAGAGAAGAAGAUUAGGGUCCUUUUCCUCGCCCCCGACGAUGCUGCCCCCGGUGCCACUCCUGCCAAGUCCAACUCCCUGAGCCGUGACUCGAUGGUGCCCUCGCCAUCGCCCUCGCACGAGGCCGUCACUCCCCAGCGCGGCGUGUCUGACGCUUCAGGUCCAGUCUCCGUCCCGCAAGAGCGCCCGAGCGACAGCAAGAACCUGGGAGAAAUUCGGAAUGAGACAUACAACCCGGCGACAGGAGGCGGUGCUCAGGCUGUCUUGAACUCGGCUGCUGCAAGCCUCUCGAAUGCCAUGCCUUCUUCCAGGGAACUCGAGGCCCAGCUCGCUGAAGCCAAGGCGCAGAUUGCACGAUUGUCACAGCAGGUCAGCGAAGCCAGUGGCCUCCGCCAGCGCAAAACGGAUUCGGCGCAAGACUCCAAGUCACAAAUGGCAACUGCUACCGAAGCGCGACAAGCCCCCGCUGGUGGAGUUCCUGUUCAUAUUACUGCUCUUCUCUGUCUCAUUAGCUUCCUUUUGGCUUAUUUCCUUUUCUAA